UGUUCCCUUUCGCUGAUGCAAGAGCCUAGUGCGGUGGUGGGAGAGGUGUCGGCAGGAGCAACGCUGAAGCCUGGGCCUGGGGCUGACCUGUCAGACUUUCCGUCCGUGCCGAGCCCACUCGAGCCGCAGCCAUGUCCGGGGACGAGAUGAUUUUUGAUCCUACUAUGAGCAAGAAGAAAAAGAAGAAGAAGAAGCCUUUUAUGUUAGAUGAGGAAGGGGAUGCCCAGACAGAAGAAACCCAGCCCUCAGAAACAAAAGAAGUGGAGCCAGAGCCAACUGAGGACAAAGAUGUAGAAGCCGAUGAAGAGGACAGUAGGAAAAAAGAUGCUUCUGAUGAUCUAGAUGACUUGAACUUCUUUAAUCAGAAGAAAAAGAAGAAAAAAACAAAAAAGAUAUUUGAUAUUGAUGAAGCUGAAGAAGGUGUAAAGGACCUUAAGAUUGAAAGUGAUGUUCAAGAACCAGCUGAACCAGAGGAUGACCUUGACAUUAUGCUUGGCAAUAAAAAGAAGAAAAAGAAGAAUGUCAAGUUCCCAGAUGAGGAUGAAAUACUAGAGAAAGAUGAAGCUUUAGAAGAUGAAGACAGCAAAAAAGAUGAUGGUAUCUCAUUCAGUAACCAGACAGGCCCUGCUUGGGCAGGUUCAGAAAGAGACUACACAUAUGAGGAGCUACUGAAUCGAGUGUUCAACAUCAUGAGGGAAAAGAAUCCAGAUAUGGUUGCUGGAGAGAAAAGGAAGUUUGUCAUGAAACCUCCACAGGUCGUCCGAGUAGGAACCAAGAAAACUUCUUUUGUCAACUUUACAGAUAUCUGUAAAUUAUUACAUCGUCAGCCCAAACAUCUCCUUGCAUUUUUAUUGGCUGAAUUGGGUACAAGUGGUUCUAUAGAUGGUAAUAACCAACUUGUAAUUAAAGGAAGAUUCCAACAGAAACAGAUAGAAAAUGUUUUGAGAAGAUAUAUCAAGGAAUAUGUCACCUGUCACACGUGCCGAUCACCGGACACAAUCCUGCAAAAGGACACCCGACUCUAUUUCUUACAGUGUGAAACUUGUCAUUCUCGAUGCUCUGUUGCCAGCAUCAAAACUGGCUUCCAGGCUGUCACAGGCAAGCGAGCACAGCUCCGUGCCAAAGCUAACUAAUUUGCUAAUCACCACUGAUUUUGCAAAGUGUGUUGUGGAGAUUUGGCUGGACAGGUUUACCAUCAGAGUGGAUAUACCACUGUAUUAAAAACAAGAUAGAAAAGCUGCCAAGUUCUUUGGCGUGUGGCCGGUUGGUCUGAAAUUCUUGCAAGAUGCCGUUGCUCAAGCUGUUGACAUACUCAUUGCCUACUUUAACAACUGUCAGAGAAAUAUGAUGGGGUAAGGCGGUGCUUUUUUAAAAUCGUUCAUAGACUUCUGUAAAAUGCAAGAUAAAUUAAAGUUAUUAUAACAGUGAUUCUUUCAA